CUCGCUGGUAAAAAAGCUCACAAUUCUCCACAGCUGCAGAGAGCCGGAGGUGUCAGCAGCCAGCUACAUCAGUCAAGUCUCUGUGAAGUCUUGUGGCUGAAGGAGUGAAGCGUACCAUCAGAACCAUCAGAACCAUCAGAACCAUUAGAACCAUCAGAACCAUCAGAACCAUCAGAAGCAGAAGGGAAAAAGAAAGGAGAAUAGAAUGCUGAGGACUUUGGGCAGAGGUCUGUGGAAUUAUCGCAGUAUUUUCCUGAUCAUCCUCACACCACUGCUGCUGCUGCCCCUGCCUCUCUUGGUCGGAACAAAGGAGGCAGGAUGUGGCUUUGUGUUGGUUCUGAUGGCGGUGUACUGGGUGUCAGAAGUAAUUCCUCUGUCUAUGACGGCCAUGCUUCCUGCCAUUCUCUUCCCUAUGUUUUCUAUCAUGAAAUCAUCAAAUGUGGCAAAAGCAUAUUUCAGAGACUUCCACAUUUUGUUAGUAGGUGUCAUCUGUCUGGCUACAUCUAUUGAGAAGUGGGGCCUCCAUCGAAGGAUAGCCCUGAGGCUGGUCACUGCGGUGGGAGUGAACCCUGGCAGGUUGUUGCUGGGCUUCAUGGCUGGCUGUGGCUUCCUCUCCAUGUGGGUCCAAAACACCUCAGCGGUCGCAAUGGUGAUGCCUAUUGUUGAGGCUGUCCUCCAGCAAAUCCUGAAGGCCAACGAGCCAGGAUGUUCUGGAAAAGAUAAUCCUAACCUACAGCUGGAAGAAUAUGAUGUCUGUGACGAGAAGAUGAAAGACUCUGGCAGUGAUGAGAAGAAACCAGAUGUUCUAAAUGAAGACUUCACUUCAGUUCAUAUUCCAACCGUGUCACAGCCAGAAACACCUCAGGUUGCAGUGUGCUCACCUUUCGCUAGGAGUAAAGCAGACCUGAUGUUGUGCAAAGCCAUGUGCAUCGGUAUCGCCUAUUCGUCCAACAUCGGUGGCAUCACCACUCUGCCAGGAACUUCUCCCAACCUCAUCUUUUCAGAGUAUCUCCACCAAGUUUACCCAGAGUGUGACUGCAUUAACUUUGGGAACUGGCUGCUGCUCUGCCUCCCCAUCAGUGUGAUCGUCCUCUUCCUCACGUGGAUUUGGCUCUACUGGCUCUUCAUGGGCUCAAACUUCAGGUCGAUGUGUCGGUAUGGAGCAGAGCAGUCUGAAAAAGAGAAGGCAGCAAGUAAAGUUUUAGAGGAGGAGUACAAAUCACUGGGACCCAUGAGACCUCAGGAGAUCUUCACUGGGGUGGUUUUCUUGUUGAUGGUCUUGUUGUGGUUAACAAGAGCUCCAGGUUUCAUACCUGGCUGGGCUUCCCUUUUCUCUCAUCAGACUGGCUACAUCACAGAUGCCACCGUGGCCUUGGCUCUGGGCCUCCUCUUCUUCAUCGUCCCUGCUCAUGGACUUCAUAAAAAAUAUGAGUCCAUGAUAUCCUGGGACGAAUUCCAGGCCUUGAUGCCGUGGAAGGUGGCCCUGCUGGUGGGUGGAGGAUUUGCUCUGGCUGAAGGCGCACAGGAGUCGGGGCUGUCUUUGUGGGUGGCUGAGCUGCUGAGCCCCUUGGGUGAUCUGCCAGUGUUGGCAACAAUCACAAUCGCCUGCGUUAUUGUCACCACGCUGACAGAAGUGACCAGCAACGCAGCAACCAUCACCAUCUUCCUCCCAAUCCUCUCUCCUCUGGCUGAGGCCAUCCAUGUGAACCCUUUAUACGUACUCAUCCCCACCACCCUGUGCACGUCCUUCUCUUUCCUGCUGCCUGUCUCCAACCCAUCCAAUGCUGUUGUGUUUACAUACGGACACAUCAGCAUCAUGGACAUGGUGAAGGCGGGGCUUGGUGUCAAUGUGAUUGGCGUUCUUGCUGUCCUGCUGGGUGUGGGGACAUGGGGAGUCCCCCUCUUUUCUCUUGAUACGUACCCUGACUGGGCACCAGUUCUUCCAGGCUUCAACUCCACGAUACCUUGAUGAUGGACCCAAACAGUUUUUUUGUUUGUUUGUUUGUACAAAAAGAGACUCCAAAAUACCAUUCCUCUAUUCUAAGACUCAAACUCCCUAUAAAUAAAACUGGCAAAAUUAUAUUUAGACAAUAAUCUGGUGAAAGGUUUGACAUAUUUUCCUAACAGAGACUUAUUUGUAGAUUCAAACUGACAAAUACAUUCUGAUAUCAAUGCUGAAUAACAAAGAUCAAAAACGUUUCAGUAAAACAAUCAGUAGACCAAUUGAGGGUGAAGAGUUGGUGGACCAACUGUUUACCCUCACUAGGGUCCUUGAGGGGUCAUGGGAGUUUGCACAUCCAGUCUACAUGUGUUUUGUUGACUUCCUGAAGGCAUGUGACCAUGUUCCUCGAGGUACACUGUGGGGGUGCUCUGUGAGUUUGGAAUUUUGAGUCCGUUGUUAUGGGCCAUUCAGUAUCUAUACAAGUGGUGCGAGUGUUUGGUUCUCAUUGCCGGUAGUAAGUUGCACCCCUUUAGAGUGGGAGUUGGACUCCGUCAGGGACACCCGUUGUCUCCGAUUCUGUUCAUAACUUACAUGGACAGAAUUUCUCACUGCAGUCAGCAGGUGAAGGAAGUCCUGUUCGAUGGCCUCAGAAUUCCAUCUCUGCUAUUUGCAGAUGAUGUGGUCCUGUUUGUGUCAUGGUGUUGUGAUCUUCAGCUCUCACUGGAGCAAUUCAGAGCUGAGAUGAGGAUCAGAACCUCCAAAUCUGGGUCCUUCAGGCAUGUCCAACUGGUUGGAGACACUAGGACAUACUGGAAGAUGUGGCUGGGGGGAAAAAGAGGUCUGGACCUCUCUGAUCAACCUGCUGCACCCACGACCCGACUCUGGAACAAUGGAAGAUAUUGGAUGGAUGAAUAGAUGGGUGGCUGUACAGCCUCAAUGUUUAACAUAGUAUUUCAAACUCAACCAAAAAUGACUUCAUCAGCAUAACCACUCGAGCUUUAAAUUUAACUUUUAAUAGUAGUCCUUAACUUGAACUUAGUCUUUAGCUUAGAGGACUUGAGCUCAGUCCUAAAAAUGCUCUCGAGCUGAGAGACACUUUUUGUUUGGUGUCGUCCAAACGUCCAUCCAUCUGCUAUCUUUACCUGUUUUUUUCUUUCCUGGGUUGUAGGAGUCACUUGUGCCUUAUUUUCAGAAGUUGACAGUUUCAUGAGAAAAAAAAAGUUUAGUUUUAUUCUGAAGUUUUGAAAUUCUUCUGUCUGCCAGCUGUCCUUGAAAAGGUGAUAUUGAUCCUGUUUCGAGGCACAUUCUUGCUGCAGAUUAGGUUACUGACUAAUCUUGGCAGACUUUGUUGAAAAUGUGCUCAGAACAGUUGGUGUGAGCAAACAUUGAAAUUUAUUUUGUGGCUGAGUGGUUAGGGGAGUCGUCCUCUAAUGCGAGAUUUGGCGGUUUGAUUCCAAAACUAUUCGGUCACAUGUCGAAGUGUCUUUGGGCAAGACCUUGAACUGCCUCUGGUGUGUGUCCCAUCAGUGUAUGAAUGUGAUCUAAAGCACUGACUAGUCUCUAUAGAUUGAUUUAUGUAGAUUAUCUUUGUAGCGAGACAGUAGAGUGCUGUGUGAAUGGGUAAAUGUGAACACAGACAGUAAGGUGCUUUGAACCCUGGCUGUAUAGAAAGAAGUUGAAUAAGUACAGCCCAUUCACCAUCUACAGAAAAAUAUUUCUGGCUGCUGUUAAAUGUUUUAAGAAUGACACAAAAAUAAAUGUCACAAAGUU